ACAAUGUAUCAUAUUCUACACUACUAGGACACUACAAAUGUACGAACACAAGGUUAAGUGCAUUGUUGGAACUUUCCAGUUUUUCCUUCCUCAUGUCUGGGCAUGCAAUUGACUGAACAUGCUAGGUUUUACAUAAAAGGACCAGCAUCACCUUAUUCAUGACUAAAAUAUCAUGUGGUCUUGACUAAAUAAAAAUGUUGGCCCAGCCAACGAUAUCGAUUUAGUUUCAACUAUUUUUAGAUAAAAGGAAUCUCCAACUUGAAGUCCAAAGUCCACAUGAUUACGCUUGUCUGAGUUCAUUAUCAUUAUUGAAGAUGUUUUAUUUGUGUUUUGAUUUUAUCUUGUGGUCAUCUUGACCCUGACCUUAUCGCUCUGUUCAAAUUGAGUGAAGAUUUUCUUUUUGACAUUAUUUGUAAAAUGGCCAAUUUCACAGACAUGAUAUAUCUAUCAUCAGCUUAGGCGAUGAUGAUGAUAAGCAAUCACUCUGUCAGUCAGUAUCAGUUCAUGCAGUUUUGCUGUCACGAAGGAAUGCUGAGAGUGGAAAUUUCCCAAGAACUUCAAACAGUUUGUAAAUGAUCCAAGUGGGGAUGGAAACAGGAAAAAUGACACUAAUUUUUUGGAUUGAAUGAGACAUGCUUCUCACUGCAGAACUCAUAUUAUUACACAUUUUAUUACACAUUUUGACUGCUCAAUGAUUGCACCAUUCUUUGCUUAUUCUGUUCUUUUUUACUCCGACAUGUACGAUUUUCACUUUCAUUUUGACUCGACCUCGUGAAAUAUCUGUAUUGUCCGAAAAUUAGACCAGCCCAAAUAGUGACGAAAUUGAGGUGCGUCUCUCACCUCUUGACCUGACUGGUCAAAAGUGUUCUCAAUUUUGUCGUAUCUAGAUUGCAAUAAAAGUCCCACCAUAAUAAUUGAUUUUUGAAGAAAUAUUUAAAGAUUCUUCAAAUUUAGAAAAUAUGUAGUUUUGGUGAUACAUGUACAAGUACGUCGCAAUGCAACCACCUAGUUGUCCAUGAAGGAUGUACACCUCUCUUGAAACCGCUUUUAUGCUCUAACACAUUUAACACGAAAGGCACCUGCAUGCUACACGUCAUAUGACUUGAGGGACAUUUGGGAAGUUUUCAUCUUGCUUCCUUGCAAUCCCAAAGAAAUCCUUUGAUUUGGUAAGAUCCGACUACAUACAUAUAUGGUAAAUGGGUUAUUAGGGCCCCAAAGCUGGCCAGACAAUGCGUCAGUCUGGGUCAAGGAGGGGUCAGCAUCAGCUGGGGAAGGAGAUAAACAUCUUAUCAACUUCGACACAAUUCUUUAAGGUAUAUCAUCACUAUCAGUAACAGUGUGUCAUCAUGACCCAGAGAUCAUCUAGAGUAUGUUGAACAUCAAAUAUAGGAGAGUUUUGUUCCAUGGUCAUUGCAUUCUCUGCAACGAUCUGUUGCCCUAUGUCUUUCCAUCAAUCAUCCUGGUUGGCAAACGCGUUGUUACAGGAACUUGGAAUGGAGUUAGCUACUACUGCCUUUGCUACAACCGAUAAAGAAGACGUAAGUUCUGAAUCUUAUCUGUGGAAGAUAAAACCUUGGGGACAUUCAGACCUACUUCCUUGACGUAAAAUAUCACCCUCCUUGACUUGUGGCAUGUUCUCAUGGACUUUCUCCUUUAAAAUUUCAUUGAUAAGAUCAAAUAGUCAUGGUCUUUAUGAAUACUUAAUAAGAUUAAGCAUCUCCUUUUAAUGACACCGCAUUGAUUUCCUUUACUUUGUCUAUGAAAAGUAGGCUGUGAUCAUGUUAGAAUUUUGGCUGCCUUCGAAGUCAACCUUGGCUAAUGAAGCAUCCAAACAAGGCACGAAACGAAAACAUCGGGCAAAAGAUGACAAGAUCUGCGGAGUUUGUGGGGAUAAGGCUCUUGGGUACAACUUUGAUGCCAUCUCAUGUGAAUCUUGCAAGGCAUUUUUCAGGAGGAAUGCUCUCAAAAACAAGAUUUCGAAGUGUAUGUUCAGCGGAACAUGUAAACUUGACAUCAACACAAGGCGAUUCUGCUCGUUCUGCCGAUUGAGCAAAUGUUUAGAAAUUGGAAUGAAAAAAGACAUGAUUCUUGGCGAUACACAAAAGAAGGCUCGAUUAGAAAAGAUGUCAAAGAACAAACAGCGUCGUGGAGUGUCGACUGGUGAGAAAAUUACGCCGGUGAUGUCACCACAAAGCGACGAUUCGAGCAACUACACAACAGUAAAGGUGGAGCCGUCUGAUUCAUUACCGGAAGAUCAUGAAUAUUUCUGCUGGUCGCCCUCCGAACCAACCACCGGAUUACAACCGAUGCGAAAAAUGUCCGCGGAGGAAAUUCUCGUGAUAACGGAAUUAUCGACGGCUUAUCAAAAUUCAUUUUACAAGAUGGAGGAAAAUCCUACAGAAAAUUCAAAACUGAAUGACUUGGUGAACUAUUCUGGUUUGAUUGUGAGGAAGCUGAUUAAAUUUGCUAAAAAAAUUGAUGAUUUUGUCCGUUUGAGUCAGGACAGUCAGAUUUGGCUUCUGAAGGGCGUGGUACUGAGUACUCUCUUCAUACGGUCAGCGGAGCAUUAUAAUCAGGAAAAGGAUGCGUGGAUUACCCCGACGUGUGAAAUACCAACAAUUGUUUUAAAACGAGCAACGGGCUAUGAGAAAUUUCAUGAAGAACAUAUAAAGUAUUGCAAGUCUAUUAAACCCCUCACACAGGAUGAUCCAAAUAUCUUGAUGAUGAUGAUGAUAAUCUCGUUAUUUUAUCCAGAUCGCCCAAAUGUGACAGAGCGUGAAACUGUCUCGGAUGCACAGGACAAAUACAUUUGCCUUCUAAAGCAUUAUUUAGAAUCUAAGUAUUCAUUUUAUCGAGCUCGGCAACUUUUCCCUCGAAUUCUCGCUAAAUUGGACGAAUUACAAGAAUUAACGGAAAAUCAUGGACGUGUUUUGUUACACGUGAAUCCCAGUGAAAUUGAGCCUCUAAUGUUGGAAAUUUUCGACUUGAAAUGAUAAUUCUGAACGGUAGCUACAAUUGUACAUCAUUUCAUUUCAUUGAUAUGUGACAGUUUCAAUUCAUGUGUUCUCUUAUGAUGUUAAACCUGUUUACUUGGAAUCUGACAAAUGUUCUUGAAGAGAAAGUCACGUGUUGUGGCAGGAUUCUAACCAGGUCUUUUGUAUGGUCUUUUACGGCCACAUGGGGGCGCCAACAACACUAGUAAAAAGAAAUUUUGGAGAUUUUCUCUAGCUCCCAUGUCAGAGAUGACGCAUCAUGAUACAUGUAUGAACGUGAUGUGUGAAUGUUACGUCAAAAAAGUCCUGGCUGUUAUGAUCCACCAAACUGUCAUGAUGAGGGUUGCUUAGAUUCCUUUUGCUUUUUAGUUUGAUUCUCACUGACUGAGUGUGCUCUAUGUGAUAAGUGUGAUUGAUAUGUUUUGCAUUAUAAAUGUGCAAUUAGUCCUUGAUUCUGUGUGUAAAAAAUAAUUAACCAACGUUUUGAAACUAAGCUUUGAAAUAUUAUGCAUAGGUCACUGAAUAACAAUGCAAAGAUCUGAUUUCCAAGAGUUUGUUACUCUUAAUGCAGCGUAGCUCAGAACCAUAGUUUUUAGAGAAAAAUGGGAUGCUGGUGGUUUAUCUUAUGGAGGGCUUGUAGUCACUGGCCUUACCAGGUGUUCGCAAAAGCUUACAAAUGAUUAAAUGUCUAAGCCUGCUCGGGCUUAACCUGAACCAUGGAUCUUUGGUCCUAAACCAAUCAAAUAUAUCUUUUUAAAUGAAAAUUUUAAAACUAAACAAAUGGCUUAGUUUGAAUGUAACCUGGUCUAGAUUGUACAUUGUGUAUAUUUAAAAACUAAUGAAAUAUAUUGAUAUAUUAUAUAUAAUUCAGCAAGGGUAUGAGAAAAAUGGCCUUAAAAUUGUGAAUUGUGGAAGCGGAGAGCUGUUGAGGUUUUAGGUUAGCUCAGUCAGCUAUGGCUCUUGAUAUGUGAUCACACUAAUGUCUCAAAAUAGACCAAGAAGGCGUAUUUUGUGUACAGGUUUUUGUUUACAAUUCAAUAAAUUUAUUGAGAAAUAAUUAUUCAAUUUUACGCCUGAUCAUAGAUGAUUUUGAUUCAAGAUGUACAAAUGAUAGUGACGGAGAGACUUUAUUUUGAAAUUAUUGUUAGUUUUUUGUAGUUUCCUAUAUGAUAUAAUCUCUAUCAGUUCUUCGUUGUUUGAUCACACUAGCAACUUAAUGAUGUGGUGCCAUUGGAACCAGCGAAGUUUGUAUCUAGACAGCAUCCAAGUGUGGAUAGCAUCUGGAUCAAUUGCCGAUUCGAAACUUUAAAUGUGAGGCAUGGAUAUUUUACUUCACUGGUUCACGCUUUAUUGUAUUGAUUACCGGUAGAUUGGUCUUCUACAUGUAUGUACAGAAUGUCACAGCUUAGUGCUACACCUGCAUUUGUAAACUGAUCAGGUCAAGACAGCUGGGAGGGUCAGGUCGACCAACAUGUACAAUGUAAGAACGAUCCUUUUAUUUAGCAAGAUUUAAUUGAUGUUUCUUUCUGUGAGGCAGUGUGAGAGUUGUUGAAUAUCUACCGGUAGUUUAUCUUGAGUUGUAUAUAGUAGAUAUUACCAUGUACCAACAUGAGGAUUAACCACUGAUGCAAUUUCUUCUUUGUUUAGUUAAUAACAAUGAUAGUAAUAAUGCUAGUGAUUUUUUCAAUAAUAAGUGCUUAUCACUGUACUAUUUACUGUGUCAAAGUGCUUUACAAUCACACACAUUAUUACCUAGCCAAUCCAGAAUUUGUUGAGUUUAUUAGAUUUUGUUUAUGAUUUGAGAGGUUUUCUCGAGCUUAAUUCUAUUUUUUGGCAAGAAGUCUUUGUACAUCUACUGACAGGUUACAGCUUUUGUGGUUGUUGGGAAAAAUGAUGAAAUUGAUGGUAACAUGACGUUAGUUCACUUUAAGCUUAAUACUAGAGCUUUCUUGUAUACCAAGGCAGCCCCAGACAUAGUCAGCAACAGAUGAUAAUGCAAAUAUAAUACAGUGUACUUGUACGAUAAAAUGGAACACAAUAAUAAUAUUGAUUAUCUUUGAAUUAACUUGUUGUCGGUGCAGAAGUCAGUGUGAGUUCAUCAUUAACAAAAGAUGCUGGUGACAUUAUAUAUCUAAAGUGCCGUGCAGUCAAGUGAUUUAAAUCACUACGACCUGCAUUUAUGAUUGCAUGCAACAAAAGUUGUUUGUGUGUGGUGCACAUCGCAGGUCAUCUUGCCUGCGACAAGAAUCUGUGAUCGAGGUGAAUUGUGAUUAUUAUCAAACCCAGCGAUUACUGGUUCAUGCAGACAGGGAUUUUUUGUUGCGCAUAACAGUGAUUCUCAUCACAGGUUGCAGUGAUUUAGAUGGCUGGUUUGCACUGCGCUUCUGUGUGAAAUGUUGGGGAAUGACUGUAUUCGUAUAAGUGGCUGUAAUCUUCAUUAAUGUGUAGAGCCUAACCCUACCAUCUUAUAUUAGUAGAGCUUCGUCUUUGUAUGCUGGGAAUACAUGAUAAAGAUGCAGAUGCAGUCUUGUUGAUAAUACAAGCUUUUACUAAA